AUGCCCGCUCUCCCGCCCCCUGAGAGGCAGCGACACUUGAUUGCUGCAUCCAAUCUGUGGAACGGGAUGGUGCCCCUGAGCUGGCCGCUUCCCCACAUGCUACCGCCCAACCCGCCGCCCUUGCCGGGUCGACAGUCCAGGGAAUGCGGCUCGCCGGGCUCAGAGUCUGCGUCUAGUGAAGGCAGCAGCGGUGGGGGUCGCGGGGAUGCGCGUUACUCUUGCACUGACUGCGGCAAAUCGUAUUCCACCUACUCCGGCCUCAGCAAGCACAAACAGUUCCAUUGCGCCGCCCUCGGGGCCAAGUCGUUCGCGUGCAAGCACUGCGAGAAGGUAUACACGAGCCUGGGCGCCCUCAAGAUGCACAUCCGCACGCACACGCUGCCUUGCAAGUGUCAGCUGUGCGGCAAGGCUUUCUCGCGCCCAUGGCUGUUGCAGGGACACAUCAGGACCCACACGGGGGAGAAGCCCUUCCAGUGUCCGCAGUGUGACCGCUGCUUCGCGGACCGCAGCAACCUGAGGGCCCACCUCCAGACCCACGCUGACGUCAAGAAGUACGCGUGCGGCACCUGCCACAAGACCUUCUCCAGGAUGUCGUUGCUCAACAAACACACCGAGGCUGCCUGCCCCGCCAUGCACAGGCCGAGCCACCCGUGACACCUCAAGCCAAAUCUGCCACAGCCGGUGACGCUACUUCCUGACACGCGAAGUCGCCGCCACGUCACUUAAUAUAGAUUGAAGGAAGAAAUAUUUUCUUACGUCUGGGAGCGAUGAUUCUGUCUCAAAACUCUAGUCUUUUAGUGUAGAUUUUUUUACAGUUUUGUUAAAUAAAUGAAUAAAUUAUUUUGUAAUAUUGAAA